AGCUGGAAGAGAGGUUUUUCUUGUCGGUGACAUGCGCUGGUUGUAUGGACGUCGGGUCGGUCGGUGGUGCUCGUUGUGCUUCAGCAGGAAGAUCAGCUAUGGAGGGCCGGCACAGGGUCGCCCGCAGCUGUUCACCACCCCGAUCUUCUAUGUCAACGCCGCCCCGCACCUGGGACAUGUGUACUCGGCUGUGCUGGCGGACACCCUGCACCGGUACACCGCCCUGAGAGGGGGGGAGAGCAGGCUGAACACCGGUACCGAUGAACAUGGCAUCAAGGUGCAGCAAGCAGCAGCUGCAUUGGGUUCCACCCCAACCGAGCUCUGUUCAAGGGUUUCCCAGCAGUUCCGCACAAUGUUCGACGCGAUGGGAAUAUCCUACACGGAUUUCGUCCGUACAACGGAGCCUCGUCACUCCCGGGCGGUGUGUCACUUCUGGAAGAGGCUGGAGGAACAAGGAUACAUUUACAAGGGGACGUACCAGGGCUGGUACUGUACGUCUGAUGAGGCUUUUUUGAGCGAGGAGCAAACAACAGAGAGCAAGGACCCCGAUGGCAACAAAAUACGUGUCUCCGUAGAAAGUGGACACCAGGUACACUGGAUGAGUGAAGAGAAUUACAUGUUCCGUCUGUCUUCUCUACGCCCCGAACUCCUCAAGUGGCUUCAGACGGACCCCAUUCACCCUGCCCCGUUUCUCCGCAUAGUGCGCAAGUGGCUGGAAGAAGAACUGCCGGACCUCUCCGUGUCCCGGCACAGCAGUCGCGUAUCUUGGGGCAUCCCCGUGCCCUCCGACCCAACUCAUACCAUUUACGUGUGGCUGGACGCGCUCAUCAAUUACCUCACGGUGGCCAACUACCCGGAUCCCGCCGGCUCCCCAUGGGGCCCGUCAACGCACUUGCUCGGAAAGGACAUUUUGCGCUUCCAUGCCGUGUACUGGCCGGCGUUCUUGCUAGCAGCCGGCCUGCCCCCUCCCGCCAAACUCUUUGUCCACUCUCACUGGACGUGUCAAGGUGUCAAGAUGUCCAAGAGCCUCCUCAACGUGAUUGACCCCGCGGAAUGCAUCAAGCUUUACGGCAGAGAUGGCUUCCGAUAUUUCCUGCUCCGCAAUGGUUCCCCCGAGCGAGACUGCGACUUUAACCACGACGCCGUCCGCAUGCUGUUAAAAUCCGAUCUUGCCGACGCUCUCGGCGGACUCUUGAACCGCUCCACGGCUCUCAAUAUAAAUCCUGAGCAGUGCUGGCCGUGUUUCCGGACCACCAAUGUGCCGUUGACUUCCAGAGGUCAGUUGGAGGACCUUCUCGGAGCUCUACAAGGGCUUCCGCAGCAGGUAGACCAGUACAUGGACACGUUCCAAGUGCACAAAGCCUUGGAGGCGAUCGAUGGCGGCGUGCGCUCCUCCAAUACUUUCCUCCAAAGACAAGCUCCGUGGAAGCUGUCUAAGGGGUCAGAAGAAGACAAGGCUUGGGGACAAUGCGUUCUUUACCUUACCCUCGAAGCCUUGAGGCUUUACGGCACCCUCCUGCAGCCGGCAGUUCCCGGCCUGGCUCAGACAAUCCUCAGCAGGCUCGGUGUUGGCAAUGACGACAGAACACUUAAAGGGAAUCGUUUCUUUGCGGCCACCCGGGGGGAGGAGUGCCGCUUCCGAGGGCAGAAGUUAGGCUUGGACUGCGGCCUGCUGUAUCACAGACUGCGAGGUCAAGAAGACCCGGAGCUUAAGAAAGAUAUAACGCAGCAUGAAAGCGGCAGUACAUUUAAUUGA